GUUUGCCUGUUUUCCCUCCCUCCCUUCUCCCCGCACCUCCCCCCGCCCUCAGGCUGUUCCCUCCUUCUCUGGGACACCACCUCCCAGAAUCGCCUUUUUUUUUUUGUUUUGGAGCUGGCUUCUCGCAGGCGGCACGGAGGGGCUGUGAGUGCUGGGGGAGAAGGCGGCCUGGGGGUGCAGCCUGCCACUUACCGCCGGACCUGCCAGCAAGAGCAGAGGACGGCAGGCGGGACGCCAUCUGCUCUCGGGAGCUCACUCUGCAAACUCCUGUUGUGUGUGUGCGCGCAUGCUGGCGAGGGCAGGGGUCUGUAGGGCCGGCACCAAGUGUCUACGGCUGGGCUUACCUUUGAACUGGCGUCCUCGGACUCAGAUCAGAGUCAACUUCAGGCUCAGAAACUGCUGAAGAAUUAGGCAAACAAAAGAGGCCACUCAGCUGGUGGCCAGAAGUCGCCUGAGCGCCUAGUCCACUCCCUCCUUCCUUGGGGCGGAGGCUGGCCACUUUGUUGGGGAGCGGGCGCCAGAGACGGCUGGGGGCCCUCUGCGCUGUGGGGUCGGAGAGUUGGCGGCCUGUUGUGUAAGCCUCAGUCCUUGUUUUCCCGGCCUGGCUCGUUGGAAAGCCGGACACAUCCACCCUUGGACUGGAUUCAGGAGGCUGCUGCUUUUCUCCUUGCCGCUCUUGGAUUUUCUGGAUUUUUGAAAACCUAGUGGCCCAGGAGGAAGAGGAGGAGGAAGAAGGAGGAAGGAGCAGAUCUUAGGAGAAUGUGAGUCUCCCAAGGCCUGAGGAGCCAGAAAAAGCUGGGAGCUAGAGCUGCCGGGGUUCUGGAACGGUGGUUUCCAAGAGAUUCUCUUUUGUUUUAAAACGUUGUUCCAGUGGAAAGUGGAAUUCUUGCUCUCUCAGAGCUUAUUUCUCCGAGUCACUUGACUUUUCUUCUGGGAGUAGGAGGAGGGAGAGACUCCCCCUCUGGCUGCUAAAGGGAGGGAGGAAGACUAUGGACAUGAGCCUCUCCUGUCUCCAGACAUGUGCUGGGAAACCUGAUAGGGCAGUUUCUGGGCCAUGGACACAGCUUUGAAGAGAGAGAGGCUGGACAGCAUCUCUGUGUGCUGAGAUCUGCUUUAGGAGCUGAGAGACUAAGCUGCUGGGGCAAGCCUUGGUUUGCCAGUGCAUUCUUGGAUAUCCUAGCAAGUGCCCCCAGUUCUGGGCAGAACCUUCUCAUCUUUCUCUAUCACUGGCACAGCCAUGGCACUAAAAGGCCGAGCCCUCUAUGACUUCCGCAGCGAGAACAAGGAAGAAAUCAGCAUCCAGCAGGAUGAGGACCUGGUCAUCUUCAGUGAGACCUCGCUGGAUGGCUGGCUGCAGGGCCAGAACAGCCGUGGUGAAUCAGGGCUCUUCCCUGCCUCUUAUGUGGAGAUCAUCCGUUCUGUUACCAGUUCCAACCAUGCAGACUACUCCAGCAGCCCUGCAGGCUCUCCAGGCACCCACGUGAACUUUUAUCACAGCGCCAAUGUGGCCAACCCUUCCAAGAGUGGUGGGGGUAGUGGCUUCCUCUCAAACCAGGGAAGCUUUGAAGAAGAUGAUGAUGAUGACUGGGAUGACUGGGAUGAUGGAUGCACAGUGGUGGAGGAACCACAGGCUGGUGAGCUGGGUACCAAUGGGCACCCCCCACUCAACCUUUCUUACCCCGGUGCCUACCCCAGGCAGCACAUUGCCUUUCGGCCCAAACCACUCCUGGAGCGGCAGGACAGCCUGGCAUCUGCCAAGCGAGGCAGUGUGGUGGGGCGCAACCUCAACCGUUUCUCGUGCUUUGUGCGCUCUGGAGUAGAGGCCUUCAUCCUAGGUGAUGUGCCCAUGAUGGCCAAGAUCGCUGAGACAUAUUCCAUUGAAAUGGGCCCUCGUGGCCCCCAGUGGAAGGCCAACCCUCACCCAUUUGCCUGCUCAGUGGAGGACCCCACCAAACAAACCAAAUUCAAGGGCAUCAAAAGCUACAUCUCCUACAAACUGACACCCACCCAUGCUAGCUCCCCUGUCUACCGGCGCUACAAGCACUUCGACUGGCUCUAUAACCGCCUGCUGCACAAGUUCACUGUCAUCUCAGUGCCCCACCUGCCAGAGAAGCAGGCCACAGGCCGCUUCGAGGAGGACUUCAUUGAGAAGCGGAAGCGGCGGCUCAUCCUCUGGAUGGACCACAUGACCAGCCACCCUGUGCUGUCCCAGUAUGAGGGCUUCCAGCAUUUCCUCAGCUGUCUGGAUGCCAAGCAGUGGAAGAUGGGAAAACGUCGGGCAGAGAAGGAUGAGAUGGUGGGUGCCAGUUUUCUGCUCACCUUCCAGAUCCCCACGGAGUACCAGGACCUGCAGGAUGUGGAGGACCGUGUGGACACCUUCAAGGCCUUCAGCAAAAAGAUGGAUGACAGCGUCCUGCAGCUUAGCACUGUAGCAUCCGAGCUGGUGCGCAAGCAUGUGGGGGGCUUCCGAAAGGAGUUUCAGAAGCUGGGCAGUGCCUUCCAAGCCAUCAGUCAUGCUUUCCAGAUGGACCCCCCCUUUAGCUCCGAGGCCCUCAAUAGCGCCAUUUCUCACACAGGCCGUACCUAUGAAGCUGUUGGCGAGAUGUUCGCUGAGCAGCCCAAGAAUGACCUCUUUCAAAUGCUCGACAUGUUGUCUCUGUACCAGGGCCUGCUCUCCAAUUUCCCUGACAUUAUCCACCUGCAGAAAGGAGCUUUUGCCAAGGUGAAGGAGAGCCAGCGCAUGAGUGAUGAGGGCCGCAUGGUGCAGGACGAGGCAGAUGGCAUUCGCAGGCGCUGUCGUGUGGUGGGCUUCGCCCUGCAGGCUGAGAUGAACCACUUCCACCAGCGCCGCGAGCUCGACUUCAAGCACAUGAUGCAGAGCUACCUGCGCCAGCAGAUCCUCUUCUAUCAGCGGGUAGGCCAGCAGCUAGAGAAGACGCUGCGCAUGUACGACAACCUCUGACUGGGUGUACCUGGCCCCCAACUUGCCUUCGGCCUGGUCACUGCAGUGCACCUCUGCUCUCUAGACCUGCCGGUACCAGCAGCAGCUGGGGAGGACUUUGGAAGAGUCAUGGGUACCCCUGGGGAACUCCCCCACCCCUUAGAGGUGGGGGGAUAGCAGGGGUGAGAAUGGGGCCAGGAACCCUCCAGGCUGAGGCCUAGGCUGCUGGUCAGUCACUUGAGGCCAGGCCAGGGUCUUAGCCUCCCCUUGAGCCUAAAGUGCUCACACACCAAGCCACCACUCCCUUGUUCACUCAGCAGACACUGGGGCCUGCUGUGGCCCCGGGUCACCUAGGGCUGUGACAUGCCUGCCCUCAGGGUGUCCCCAGUUGAGGUGGGGAUCAGACACAGAAACAGAUGGGGGCAAUGCAGGAUGACCCAUGGUAAAUAAGGGGUUCCUGCAAGCUCAUAGAGGGAACUACUCAUUCUGCUGGUCAGAGUAAACUCCAUGGUGUAGAUGACAUUUGAGCGGUGUCUUAAAGAAUGACAAAGUGAUAAAUGGGGGUAGUAGAUGGGGAGGACAUUCAGAAGAGAGGAACAGCACGGGCAAAGGUGUGGAGGCAUGAAAACAUCUCUUUCACUCGCCCUUACUUUUCCUAAGCAGGUUUGCUGCCCUACCUUGGUGGGGAUUAUGGCCUGUGUGAUAGAGGAGAGAGAUCUUCCUUGCUUCCAUGUCCCUGUCCCUGCCCCACCCUUGCCUCCUACAGGAGAGACUGCAGGCCAACUCACUCCUGACUUCUCUCCACUUGCUGAGCCCCCUUUGCCCCUUGGUUAGGGGACUGUGCAGCAUCUUUUCCCUGGGCUCAAGGUGCUGAGACACUAUUAACCCCAGGACCUGGUGGCAUCUUCCUGGAGGGGACACCUGAAAGUAGGUACCAGAUAUUUGAGUUCACCAGCAAUAGCUCCCCAUACUCAAGCGGGCUUAGACCCCAGGCUCCCAGGGUCCUCAGGCCCUGUGAAUCCUGGAAUCCUUCCUGUUGUAUAGUGGGAAACCCAGGGGAAAAAAACAGGGGCUGGCCUGCCCACUGCCUAGGGACCCUGGGCCCGCCUGCCCAUGGCCAGCCUCACUGUGAUCCCAGCCUGGGUCUUAGCUGUUACCUGUCUCCCACCCAUGUUUACAUCCUUGAGAGGGCUAUUCCUUCCCCCCAGGCCAGGGUGUGCUUCAGCAGUGGGUUAGAGGGAACUGACAGGUGCCACUGUUGGCAUCCCCCACACCCCCAGGAGGUCAUGGUCAUUCAUGGCUGCUGCUUGAAUCUUUUUCCUUUCUUGUUUUCUUGAUAAACCUCUUACAAUUAAGAUAACAAACACAUGACUUUUUGGUUUGGAUCCCAGAGGGGAUGAGGGUGGGGGAAGGAUAGAACCCUAACUGUCCCUGAGGUCAUAGUAGGCACAAAAUUUACCCCAAAACCUCAGCAGUCGUGAGGGAGUUGUGCUGAUGGGAGGUUCUGGCUUGGGAUCUACAGGUGGCCAUGGGCCACAGCUGGAUCCAUAUGCUUCCCAGACCUCACUCUUCUCAUCUCUCAAAUGGUGGAAUCCUGCCCAGGGUUUAGCUCUGCUGCUCUGUGGUCUAGGACUAAGAGUUGGAUGAAAAAGGGAUAGGAGGUUGUGCCCCCAAGACAGUCUGACAGAGUUCUUCUCCCCAGGGAGGCCCCAGUCCAGGGGAGGUGGCUGCUCAAAAACUGUCCUCCACCAGGUAGUCCUGGGCGGCCAGUCCACGGUGGCUUCCUUGUUGGAAACUGAGGAGGAUUCCUAGCCCUGCCCUUGGGGUUGCCCCAGACAGAAUGGACAGGAAUCUGGUCACACACGGGAAAGAGGAGUGCUGGUGAAACAAUGGUUCUCUUUUGGGGCAGUGGGGACUUGACAGAGAGAGGAGUGCUGGCUUCUGGGCAUCAGGGGAGGCUUUGGCUAGGCCAGACGCUCAGUAGCUUAGGGCAGUGAGAGGAGGUGAGGGGCAGCAAAGGCUCCUCAUUCAGGGCAGAGCAUCCUCAGAGGAGCUUCAGGAAUGGGCCCUUGGCCCUGGGUCAGAAUUAGGUCAGAUUUGGGACUUUCUGUGGAAUUUUCCCCUCCCUAUCCUCCUUCCUUCAUUUUCCAACCUCCUGAGGACCUUCCCGCCCUUAACCCCUUCUCAGCUUUGACCUUUAGGUGGUUUUCUGCAGAGGGGAAUCUGAUCACAGUUGGCGAGAGGAGGAGGCGGGGCCUCCUUCUCGAAGUUAGUCUGGAUGGGGUGGGAAGGAAUUCUUUUCGUAACCCACAUUGCUUGGAAAGUCCCCAUUCAUGCUUCCUGCCCUGGGAAUGUCCUCUUGUGUCCCUCUCUUGAAGGGGGCUACCUCCCAUGCCUCCCAUCCUUAUGGUGAGGGAGUUGGCCUGACACUUUUUUCUGGGGGGAUUGGACCUAGGAGAAGAAUCAGAACGUGAAGUCUUGGAACGGGUCAGGCCUACAGCAGGCAUUUUGAGGUCAGCAUAUGUGGUGGGGACCAAGAUAUCAGCCUCUCUCCGUGGUUUCUUUCUAUCUCUGUGUGGGUCAGGGUAUUGGGGUAAUUUGAGAUCUGUCAGGGCUGGCUAGAGCCCCUUUCAGCAGGGAAUUUGGGGAAUGGUGUGUGUAGGGGGGUGACCUGGUGGUGGCAUGGCCUCAGUCACAUGUGAAGCACAUGUUCCAAACUGAGCUGGGCCCAGUGGCCUGCAGUUCCCUCCCUUAUUUUGCUCUAAGUGAGACAGAAAACAAGGCCUCUCUGCCCUGGGCAACUAACUACCAAAACCUGAGGGUAGGGGACCAGCCCAGGAAAGGAGCCUGUUUUGUGGCCACAUGUGGGGGUUGGGGAUGGAAGUGGUCUUUAUAUCCUAUAUCCUGUCGCCUUUUAGACACACAAGGGCCAUGAACCACUGUAGCAUUGCUGGAACAGAGCCAGGCCUGGGAGAGAAAGGUGGCCUCAGGCCCAGCUCACCACCCUCCUCCACUCUGUGGCGCACACAGUCAUCCGCACGUCCCCAUGGUCAUAGACACUGCUGCCCAACACAAAGCAAGCACAGCCACAUACUGCCACACAACCUGCCCACAGGCACAUAAGCCACACCUGACCACAUACACGUGUAUGUAUGGUCACGUGCUUACACAGUUGCACUCCUAGUGCCACACACUGUCACAUUCAUGGUCAUCCACACACGUUGGCCGCAUCCACACACGUUGUCUUCUGUUGACAGUGUCAAUCUCAGCCAUGUCAUCACUCCCAGCUGUAUCACAGUUCCAUGCACAUAGUCACACCCUCACACAAUGACACACACAUACGCCUACAAAGUCACACAGGCACAUAGCAAAGGUGUCACACACAUUUAGCUGUACCUGGACUGUACCUAUACCAGCUCCUGGGGGAGCCAGCUGGGAUCAUCCAUCACCCAACACCACCACAUUCAGUUCUUCAUUGCACAGAUGAGGAACUUGAUGAGGUCUAGUGAGGGUGGCAGCUGGCUGCACCACCCAGUAUGCUGGGGGAUGCUUUGGGCCAGAGCCCAGCUCCUCAUAGGCUCUGUGGUCUGCCCUUGCCCCCACUGUGCCAGUCCCCAGGUCCAGACUGCCUCUGAAGGCCCCUGGCUGAAAUCACCAAACAAAGCUCCAGGCAUCUCCCAUACCACAAGAACAAGAGCCAGGAUGUGGUGGGCAGGGCCCAGGCCUUGGGCUAGAGGAACAUUCCUGUACCAUCUCCCCAAGUAUGCAAGGACUGGGCCUGCCUUGCCUGCCUGCCUGCUGACUCAGGCCCUCAGGAGCCAAGGCUGCUCGGCUCACCCUACCCCCCAUCCUGCUUCCCCACCAGUUCAGCUCUGGUACCUCUCUGUUGGCUAGGGCAGAAAGAUAUGAUGAGCCCUGGCAAAAAGAUCACAGGGAACAAAAAUUCACCUCCCCAGACAUAGCUCAGAAGGGUUGAUUGUGAAAUGCCUCUCUGGAGUUCAACAUAGUUUAACACAAACCUUUUUUCCUUUGGUUUUGUUUCAUUAGUCAAAGCCCAAAGCAGUCCAGUCUGUUUAAAAAACAGUAUCUCACACAGCUAUGGCCUCCUUGGUCUGCAAAACAGCCCUUGUUAGGCAUCAUUAUUUCAUUUCAUGGACAAGAGACCAAGACUUGGCUAGAGGGAGGAUAGGACCUACCUAGGAUCACACAGUGAGGCCGAGGUGAGCUGGACUCGAACCCAGCUCUCUGGCUUCAUUCCUUAAAGUCACAUGAAUUAACUCAUUUAGGUCCCAAGGAAGAGGGAGUGGAAGAUCUCCAUUUCAGAGAUGGGAAAGAAUGAGAGGCUAGUGAACCCAGCUGCUGAAAUGGGAGGUAGCCUUAGGCCAGGUGGGUCCUGCCAGUGUCCAGGGAUGAAGAGUCUGAUGACGGCAUCACAUGGUCCAUGGCUGGCAGGCUGGUGGCAUCUGAGGCGACUCAGGGUCUUUGUUACAGAUGAACGUAUGAGGAACACAACUUCAUUUCUCUAUAACUGACCUGAGUUACUCUCUUGCUUUGUCAUUCCUCCACAAGGUAAAAAAUUAAUCUCCAAUCAAUUUGGGGACCACUUCUUUCCUGAGGGAUGUAUUUAUGUUUUGGGGAUGGUAUGUUCGAAGGCCAUAGGCAGGCUCCUGGCACUUUGAAUUUUGGAGGCCGAGUCACACAGGAAAUUUUGCCUGCAUUCCACAUUAAAAGUCAUUAAUAUAUGUUUGAGUUGGGUUCAGUUUACUGUUCGACAAUGUCUUAUCUUAUAGAUAUUUAAUUAAACUUUAUUAAUUUUGA